AUGGUUGUCGACAGCGUUCUCCUUAUCCCCAGCCUCCUGCUCCUGGUGGCUGGGGUGUCUCUGCUCACCAUUUCCUGGCGCCGACAGGGUUCUGACCAGCGCCAGCAAUGGUGGACAUGGUGGCUGCAAGUGGUGGCAUCGAAGUCAGGUGCUGAGAGGCAGGCAGGCAGGCACAGGAGCCCCCUGUGCAGGCCACGUUGCUCCCAGCAGCAAGCAUCGCCACGGCAGGGCAGUCCCAUCCUGCCCCAUCUCAUCCAGCCAGGAAAGAUCCGGCCUUUCUUGCUGCGCAGUCGGUGCCCCUCUCUGCACACGGACUCUGCCACUGGUACCACGAGCUCUGCGGGGAAACCCGGCAGGCUUCCCAGACAGGACCAGCGCCCGCAGAUUCUGGUGGCACGCGGGACCCCCGGGACGCUCAGUCAGCGUCCUAGGCUAGGCGGUGGAGUUGAAGACCUGCCACCUGAGAUCUCCAACUUCACAAAGCCACCAGUGAAAGGGAAGGUCUUCCAGGUGGGCCUCGUUCAAACAGAGGAGAGAAAACGCUGGCGGGACUACGAGACCAAGAGGCGUUUUUGGCGUAUGCUCUCCCCAGCACUUCCCAAAGUGCACAAGAAAGCAGGAGCAACAGCAAGACCAUCCCGGGGACCAGCUCUGAGCCUGGAGAGAAAAGCAGUUGGCAAAACUGAAACCCACCAGCCUUUCAACUCCAGCUUCCAUGAAAAGAGGAGCACAGAGAAAUCGGACUUGCUCGCUAUGGAAAGGCUGUACCGGCAGCUCCUGGUGUCCCUAAAACGAUCCAAGACUAACAACGAUUGCUGCAAAUCAGGCAGCGGAACUGAAGAGCAACCACCUGACAGCUCUUCCUGCACGCUGCCACCAAUGAAAGGGACAAACGAGCAUGAGGACAUCCUUCAAACAGAGGAGGGGAAAUGCUGGUGGAAGAGCAAGACCAAGUGGUCUUCUGAGUACUGCAUUGCCUCCCCAGCACUUCCCAGAGUCUAG